UCCAAAUUAUAUAAGUAAACAAUUUGUCAUUUAUUAGCUUAACAUCUCCGAUCCAGUUUGAAGGAUUAAUAAUUGUUAAGUUCACAAAAGUAUAAGUGUUUUUUAUUUCAAUGGCACACCUUCCUUUCCGUGCACUGCGUGCAGUUUCUGGCAUCCGAAGUAUGACCAAUCUGUUAAGAAACUACCCCAGAACCAAUACUUCGAUUCGAACACCAUUAAGAACCUAUGGAACCGCAUAUGAGGCCGAUGGAAAAACAAAAGUCAACAUUCUAAAUAAGGAACUUGAUUUGGGACUUAUGGUCAAUGGAUUUAGCCAGUAUGGAUUCCGAUUGAAUAACGAUAUGGUUAUUAUAGGACCGAUGGCCAUAUUCCCAAGAUCGGUACUAUCAUGGAAUGUUGGUUCCUUUGAAGAUAUAAAUGAGGAUAGCUUAAGUAUAUUUUACACAUUGGAGCCGAAAAUAGACGUUUUAGUGAUUGGUAUUGGUGAUCAAAAAGUUACACCGCAGCUGUCUAUGAAAAUUAUACAAUUCAUGAAGAAAUACAAAAUAAAUGUUGAGAUAUUAACCACUGAACAGGCUUGUGCAACGUUUAACUUUUUAAACGCGGAGAGUCGUAUGGUUGCUGCUGCUUUGAUACCUCCUCUACACAUCACAUACAACGAAAAUAAUAUACUCCAAACAAAACUGAGACAAAAACAAUUAUAUCAAAUUGACGACUUUUAAACUCUGCAUAUUUAUAAUUAGUGCAAAAAAUAAUAUUAUGUAUAUAUAAAUAUUGUGAAAUAUAUAGUCAAUUUCAAAAGA